AAAAUAAAGAAAUCAUUUGGUUGUGGUUUCUGAAGGAAAAUGACUGAUUGACUUUUUGUCUGUGACAGAAUUUGGCAGUAACUUAGGGUGAGGGGUUUUCUUUUUCAACUUUAAAUGACCUUCAAUUCUCUUAUUUUUCAGUGAAACCGUGGCUUUUUUAAAAAUUAUUGUGGACAAACGUACCUACUGCUGAGCUGCUCCUUACUUUUAGUUACCUUCCUGACUUUGGGAUGUUUUCAUGAUAUUUUUCCCACAUGUCAGUCAGCUAAAUCCAGGUCAACGCUCAACAUUUUUGCUCAUUUCUGUCUACCUUUCACCAGCCUCUCUUCUCAGCACCUCUCAGUUUUUUUGGAAUUAUUUUUUAAAAUUAAUACAUCUUUCAGGAAUUGAUACUAAUAGAAUAAAGACUAAAAAUUUUAAGUUUAACGAACCGAUAACGAUCCUUAAACCAUCACUUUUUUAAACUUAAAGGUGUAUUUACGUUACUUGUACAAUUUCCUCUCCUCUGCCAACAAAUGACUUUUCUUCUUCUCUUUUUUUUUAAAUCAGUUUCUGCUCCUGCUCUAAAGCUACCAUGGUCCUCCUGUGGUCCUCCACACUGUUCCUGCUCACUCUGACCCUGCUCCCCCAGGGGAGGCUGGGAUGCCCAGCUGGCUGCCGAUGCUACAGCCUCACUGUGGAGUGUGGAUCUGUUGGGAUCAAAGAAAUCCCACAGGGUGUCCCCUCUCUCACCAAGACCAUCUUCCUCCAGGACAACGCCAUUGUGCAGAUCCGUCUCCUGGACCUGACCCAACUUGGUAGCCUCCAUUACCUCUACCUCCAGAACAACAGCAUCUCCGCGCUGGAGCCGGGGGCUUUCCUCAGUCAGGGGCAGCUUCUUGAGCUCGCUCUCAAUGGAAAUCUCAUCCACCUCGUCACCGCAGACAUGUUCCGGGGUCUGGAGCACCUCCGAAUCCUCUACCUGGCCGGAAACCAGAUCACCAGAGUGCAGGACCACACCUUCAGGGGGCUGCAGCGUCUGCAGGAACUCCACCUGCAGGAGAACAGCAUAGAGCUGUUGGCUGAGCAAGCCCUGUCAGGCCUGUCAUCUCUGGCUCUGCUGGACCUCAGCAGAAAUCACCUCCGCACCCUGGGAGCAUCAUCCCUCAAACCGCUUGUCAGCCUGCAGGUGCUUCGUGUCACAGAGAACCCCUGGCGUUGCGACUGUGCCCUUGGCUGGCUCAAAACCUGGAUUAGUGAAGACGGUCAGCGGCUCCUGAGCUCUGCCGAACAGCGUCAGCUCAUGUGUUCUGAACCACCGCGCCUCUCUCACCUCAGCCUGGUGGAGGUGGCCCCCAACAGUCUGGUCUGCAUCCCGCCUGUGGUUCAACUGGAGCCGAGCCAUCUCACUGUGCGACUUGGGGAGAGUGUCCGAGUCUCCUGCCAGGCGUCGGGUUACCCUCAACCUCUGGUGACCUGGAAGAAGUCCUCCCACGGAAAACCCCAAAUGUCCCCACGACGUUUGGUUCAGGAGCCGGGGCCCAAUGGUGAGCUUUACAGGCCUGGGGUUGGUGGAGUGGUGACAGCUCUGCCCAGCAGCGGGGGUAUCACUUUGGGAGGGGCUGGUGGUUUCCACGGGUUGGUGCGAGGAACCGAAGAAGGAGGCGAAAGGGACAGUUUUGAUCCGGACACAGGAAGCGGAAUGUUGUUUCUCAGCAACGUGACCGUAGCUCACGCUGGACGCUAUGACUGCGAGGCCUGGAAUCCAGGAGGAGUCGCCAGAGUAACUUUCCACCUGGCUGUCAACAUGUCCUCUUCUUCAUACGCAUCACAGUCCUGGCCUCGUUUCAACACCCACCCCUUUGUCUCCUCCUCCUCCAACUCCCUCUAUCAGCAGGACAUCGUAGACAUGAGCCAGGAGUCUUUGUACGAGCAGGACAGCAUGGACUUCAGCGCUCUGGGUCCUGCCACGCAAACGGCCAUCGCCAUCGGAAUCUCCUUGUUGGCGCUCACUGCUAUUCUGCUGGUGAUCAUGAUCUACAGUCGCCAUCAGCAGUACCAAGAAGAGGAGGCGGGUUCCUACUGCACCAGCAAGGAGGAGAGCAUCCUGUACGUGAACGACUACUCCGACGGACCCACCACCUUCUCUCAGCUGGAGGAAUACCGCGAUGACCAAGGCCACGAGAUGUACGUCCUCAACCCGACGAGGCCUGUGCCUGGCUCCACUUCAGCCCGGUGUACCAUAAUGGGUGGGUUUGUCCAGCAGGGGGGUCUGAAGGAGGCUCUCCUGGAGCAUGAAAUGGUGCAGACACUGACCAGAUCAGGAGGACUGGGGAUUCGCAGAAACCCAGCAGAUGGAGGAGAGGGUCCUCUGACCUCUGAUCCGGAAGAGCUCCUCCUCAGUCAGAGUCUCCUGUUUGGAUCACAGGUUGCUUAUGAGAUUCACUGUUAAGGUUUUUGUUCUGGCAUAAAACAAUAUGCUGACGGACUUCAUUCAAAGACUUAAUUAAAAGGAAAUCAACUUGAUCAGAAAAAUGUGCAGACUCAGAUUUAAAACAGAGGAUAAGAGGGGAGGGGGGGGGGACACAUCCUGGUCUGGUUGAUCCCCAAACACUGAAUAGUGUCAGCAUCAUGAAAAGCAGUAAAAAAAAA